CACAUGCAGCUCUGCACAUUCUCCCCAUAAGUCAUCGUAGAAGCCAACACCAAGCUCACCAUCCACUCACAAACAAUAACAAUUAAACGAAAAGUGUGAAUUUUUACGACUUUCGUCACAGAAAUUAAUUCGAGUCCAUUGGCCAAAUAAACGCAAUUGGCGUGACGCACCAUACGCAUUCAAAUCGGUUCGUGUCGGUUGUAAGAAAAUACGUGAAUUCACUGUUGGCCGAAAACGGGAAAAAAAUGUGUUUUGCAGGUUGGACGGGUUAAGAACGGAACAUAGAUAUUGGAAACGACGUGAGAGAAAUGGUGCAACAAUUAAGACGAUGGGCAAAAUGGAAAAAUCAUUAAUUCUAAAUUCUUAUAUAAGACGUCGGAAGUGUAAUGAGAAGACGGAAGUCUGUGAAAAGAAGAAGAAACAGGAGGCAUUGAGACGGGUAUCGAAAAUACUCCGAAAAUGCGAAACCCUGCGCACCAUCGAAGAAAGCCGAAUCCUGGACUCAGCCACCGACAUUGUCAAGCAAAUUCUGAAGCGGAAAAAUCGCCUGCUCCAGAGCAAGGAGCGCGUACUCGAAAAGGAGGAUCCAUCGGAGACGAUCGACGAGAAGGCACGUAAACUCGCCGAAGUGAUUUCGCGAGCCAGACAUUUGGUCUGUUACACCGGAGCUGGUAUCAGCACAUCGGCCCGCAUACCCGACUAUCGUGGCAGUCAAGGCAUAUGGACGUUACUGCAACAAGGUAAAGAGAUCGGUCAGCAUGAUCUGUCAUUGGCGGAACCAACGUACACGCAUAUGGCUCUGUAUGAGCUGCAUCGUCGCAACAUCCUUCGCUACGUCCUGUCGCAGAAUUGUGAUGGGCUUCAUUUGCGAUCCGGUCUACCCAGAAAAUCGUUGUCCGAAGUGCACGGUAACAUGUACGUGGAAGUGUGUAAGAAUUGCAAACCGAACGUGGAAUACUGGAGACUGUUCGACACCACCGAAUUUACGGCAAGAUAUUAUCACAAAACGAAUCGUCGGUGCCAUAUGUGUGGAACGGCGUUAGUCGACACAAUUGUCCAUUUCGGCGAAAGGGGCAGCCUGAAGUGGCCGUUGAAUUGGGACAAUGCCAUCCAUCAUGCCGACAAAGCCGAUGUCAUUUUGUGCUUGGGCUCCAGUCUCAAAGUGCUGAAGAAGUAUCCGUGGCUGUGGUCGAUGGAACGGCCGAAAAGUAAGCGGCCGAAAAUUUACAUUGUCAAUCUGCAAUGGACACCGAAAGACGGCACCGCAACCAUGAAAAUCAACGGAAAAUGUGAUGAGGUCAUGCAAAUGGUUAUGAAGUACAUGAACGUCACCGUACCGGAAUACAAUCGCCGAACGGAUCCGAUAUUUGCACAUGCUAGUCUGCUGGCGCCGGAAGAACUACACACAAGAUCGCAGCCAAUGUUACGGAGCCAUAAAGACUUGAAGAGCGACAGCUGUGACGUGACAGACGAUUCGAACGAUUGCAAAAGUCAAAUCACCAAAAGCAGCAGUUGCGAUGAGAGUGAACCGAAGACCGUGAAGCCUCUGCCAGAUUUGAUUCCGAUUUCACAGAUGGAAUCGAAACGGUUCAACAGCACGAAAGACUGUGUAGAACCUAAGGACGGCGUAGAUAAUGUGUCACCUUUGUCAUGUGAUCGACUGCUGGAAUUGAAGCCUACCGUUGGCGAUGGAAAGACCACAGACCAAGAAGCUGAUGCCGUAGAUGCUCCAGAUAUUGAAGCAACUUCUUCGGAUACUGGUUCCAGAUCGACUGACUUAGUGUCGGUAACAAAUGAUAAACUGCUGAAUGUCAACACCCACGAAGCAGCUCAGGACAACGGUGCCACUGACUUACACGCCGAAUUAAACUGUGAUAAAACCCCGUCAAUUGAUCCAUCCCUCGCCAAUCCCACUUCAAUGUCAAACGUCGAACCGAAAGUCGAAGACGAAAAAUUACUCAAAUUACCGCAAAUGUCCGAUGGUGACGAUCGGGCCAACGAUUGCAACAGUAUUAAAAGUCCUAGUCCAACAAAGUUAACCAGCCGUGGUGUGUGCCUGCUCAACAACGAUAAAGAUCGUUACAAGCACCUGAUCGACUACUGCAAAGUAAUAUGCCGUUUACCCCACUGGUACGACGUGAAUUAUGCGUAUUCCGGCUUGCACAGCAUAAUCUAUCCACCGCCGACGGAAGUGGACAUCUGGCGCACCGACAUCAUACCGAUAUUCCAAUUGAAUCGGUCCGAUGCCGAAUGUGACUUCUGCUUUGACAAUUAUGCCGAAUACCAGUGCCAAUUCUAUCGACCGCAGACGACCGAUUUCGUGGUGACGUCGCGUCGCAAAGGCCGAUUAGUGUUGUGUGAAUGUUGUGAUUAUACGGAUGAGUCGGACAGUGAAAAUACUCUGGCGUAUGGUGAUGAGAAACGUGCCAAAGUGGAGAACGUCGAAUUUAGCGGCAGCCAAGACGACAAGGAGUCGGUGAAAAUUCAGGCCGGAUGGUAUGGCAAAGGCUAUCGGAAAAUGUUUCGGCGCAAGAGACGUGCGUGAGGCGUUCCGGGUGAAGUAAUUUUGCAUUUAAUUUAGGUUUAAGAAGUCACGAGGUCGUACGUUUGGAAUGAAUCGCUUCCUCUUAUGAAUUAAAAAAUCGAUCGACUGCUCAACCCCGCUAUUCAA